AUGCGCUCCCCAGUGCCACCCACCCACACCCACCCACCUAUUCAUAUCUCACUAACAGUUUCCGAGAAGGUCCAAGUAGAGCGCAGGUGGUUCGCAGUCAGCCUUAGCUCCAAGGCCGGCCCCAUCGCCAUCUACGCCCUCGAUGCCCACCGUCCCGAGGCGGCCUUCUCCGCGGCACACCCCACUUCUUUGCAGCUCUUCGGAUUUAACAAGAUUCAAGCGGCUGCGGCCAGCAUUGCGCGCACAGAGAGGAUGAUCCGGCGCCGGUUCACUCGUGAGUAUGCUUCUCUCUCGUCCUCAAUUGACCUCGUCCAGGUGCCCGAGGCGACGCCGGUGGCUGAGGUCGAGGCUGCGGUCGAUGGUGAGGUUGAGGCGACGGUUGAGAACGAUGUGGUGGCUGUCGAGUCGAUGGAGCAGGUCGGAGCGGUUGCUGCGGUUGCUUUGGUCAAUGGUGAGGAUACUGUUGAGGGAGAGGAGGCUGUUGUGAGCGAGGUACAAUGUGUCAUCCCGGCAGAGUCGCCGCAAGGUAAAGGGACGGAAAGGCAGGGACUAUCCAAGGACAAGAACGAGGACACCCUACAGCGACGGACGAUACCCGACCUGUCUCUCAAAGGAAGUUUCUUGAUGGGAUUGGAGAGGCUACACGACCAGGCCGAUUUCGAACCCGACGACCCGCGGAGUCCAGGACAGGGUAAGCUCAAGGCACGAUCCCGGCGAAAGGCGAUAAUCCACGUCAAGCCCGUCCAAACCGGUUCUGUUCGACGAUGGGUCAUUAGGCGACGGAAUGCGUCUUCUUUUCUCUCGGACUGUCGAUCAAUCUCCCCGGCCUCGAGUUCCGUAACGGUCGCUGGCAAGAGUCGUUCAAGUUUCGCCUGGACUGCUCGCGGUGUAGUGUCUGUUUCUAUUAUCUGUUAA